CUCAGCUGCGCAUGAAGUAUAUAUUUCACGAAUGCGCGUCGCUUCAGUCAAGAGGCUGGUUUUCCCGGAUACGCAACUGGCUGGAAAUUGUCGUGUACGAUGUCCGCCGAACACUCUCAGUCUACUCAGUACUCGUAUAUGCAGCCGGAAGAAGGUCAAAUCCGGCUCUUGACUCUGCGACCAGGCAGCAAUCAAGACGAACCCAUCGAAUGUGAGCUUUCCAGUUGCGAGCUAGGCAACGCUCCGUCAUAUGAAGCUUUAUCCUACUUUUGGGGCACCAACCAGAAUACUCGAGUUAUUUCACUGCAUGGCUCGACGUUUCGAGUACGGGAAGAUCUUUACAAUGCGCUAUGUCGUCUCCGACAACGUCAAACAAGCCGGAUUCUAUGGGUCGAUUUUAUCUGCAUCGACCAGAGCAACCAAGCCGAAAUAUAUAACCAGAUAUCACGAUUGGGAGAUAUAUGCGCCAAAGCCGAGAGUGUCGCGGUUUAUCUCGGUGAAGCGACAAUGGCAACAGACCAAGCAAUGGACUACUUGAUGCAGAUCAAGGAGGGAGAAACAUCGCAAAUCCCUCCCGGUAGAGUGGACGACUUAAUACUUGAAGGUUUUCAAGAUAUUCUAUCCAGACCUUGGUUUCAGAGGGCGUGGAUACUCCAAGAUGCCUUUAAUGCCCGAGCCGCAGUUCUGCAUUGCGGCUCCAAAGCUGUGUGUUCAAAGACCAUGAUCCGCGCAUCCGAAUUAUUGCCGGGCAAGAUAGCCCCUCUGUCACAACAAGUCUUGAACCUAAUGCCCGGAUCUAGAAGAGACGACCAAGCGGCUUCUAAAUUUCAACUCUACGAUCUUCUACAGCGGUUUCAGCACGCAAAAGCGACAGACCAGCGAGACAAGAUCUAUGCUAUUUUGGGCAUGGUAGAUUUUGGGUAUUCGAAGUCGGUGAUCUUACCGGACUAUUCCAUGUCUCAGAAAGAUUUGAUGCGUGCAGUUAUCGCGAAUCUGUGCUUCUGCGAAUCGAGUAGUGUUCCUGAGCCUCCAUACGAUACGAUCAAGGAAUUCUUAGCGAACCUUGAUCCGAUCGACAAUGACAUUCUAAAGAAGAUUUUUGAGACCUCAUUGGAAAUCGAUUUGGUAUCUCUACUUCGACAUGGAUCACGUUAUAUCAGAAUUGACCGCUCUCUUGUUGAAGCUGCAAGCCGGAACAAGACUAAAGGCGAUGAGAUGGUUGAGAUUCUUCUCAGAGCAAUUGGCCAGGAGAAAUCAGCUUCCCUAAGUCCACCGGAAGCGUCAUCAGUAUUCUAGUUAGACGCAGAUGGCGCUUUCGUCUCCCACUACCAUUGCCAAGAGCGAGAUUGCUCGCUAUCUGAUACGACGUUGGUGUUCGGAUCUUGCCCCCAUACAGCUAUCACGAAAGGGUGGAAUCGUUCGGACUCUGGAUGAGCAUGGAGUCGCCUGUAACUUAUGUGGAAUCGCACCAUUCUCCUUUGACGGGUGCACGUAAUUCAAUGCUGGCUAAUGUG